CUGACUGCAUGCUGCUUGUCGCUACGAAUGCCUGGAGCUGUGACUUAUUUUUCGCAAAAUAUGGCGAGGGUAAUUUGUAUCAUUUUGUUGAUCUUAGCUUCCGCGUGCAAAUCGAGUAGUAACCAGAACCUGAAGAGACAGUUUCAGAGAGGACACACUAAACAAGGAGACAUCGCACAUUUCAUUUUCAGAAAAAGUCAGCCUCAGACUCGGACUCCGAGUCCGAGCAUUAGUACUCACGGCAAUGGCACAGGCAAUGCCAUUGGCAAGGGCAUUUCCAAUAAUGCCGAUGCUCAUGCUCCUCACAAACAUGACACUCGUCACGAUCACGCCCACUGGCAAUGGCAAACUCUAAACAGAAAGAUUCAAGUCGGUACUGCAAAUCUCAAUAAUGAGCGUUCUGCCAAGAUGUGGAAGUGGAACAACCAAUAUCAUGAUGCAGAUGAAAUUAGGAGACAGGAUGGGCGUGGUCAACAUGAUGGAGUUGGUGCUGGAGGGCAAACAACUUUUAAUGAUGGCAUGAAGAUGGAUGGUGAUCAAACUGCUACUGCCAGUGAGGAGUUUGUUCCAGGGCAAAACGCAAAGCCUUUCACUGUUGAUACACUUAAUGGAACUCUUAAAUUUCCCAGUAUAGAUCUGUUAAACAAGUCCAUCAUCUUCCAAGUAUUUGACAAUAGAUCUGCUUUUCUUCAAUGUCUGUGGACUUCAGAGGUUUCCCUUAAGUCUAUAUCAGGCAGCCCUGACAGUGUCCAUUACAUAUUUAUGUCUUCCAGUUACCAUGCUAAGCAGGAUGCAGUAUGGAUGCAGAAUCAAUUAACAAGUAGCUUAGAGACAAUGACUUCAGAAGGUGAACUAAGUGAAGAAGCAGGAGUUAGUCUACAGACCAGACUUCACUUUGUAAUUCAACCUACAUAUCAGCUAGGUAAUUGGCUUCCUGCUUUACUAAUGAAAUGGGCUUGUCAAGACCAUGGAUGUGGCUUUACACAAGCAGUCUUCAAGUCGAUCACAGGUGCCUCCUCUGAAUUAAUUCUUAAAAGAUUGGAUGCUCGAUAUGACUGGCUGCCAUCACCUGCCCAAGUUUUCUCUUCACCACAAUCUGUAAUCCUUGCUGGAAAUGGAUGCUCAGCCAGGGAAGAUGUCGCAGGUCAUAUUGCUCUUGUUAUAGCUGGUGACUGUAGCUUCUCAGACAAGGUUAGGAAAAUGGAAGCCUCUUCUGCUGUUGGUGUAAUAGUUUACAGUAAGCCAGGCAAUCCUGUACAAGAUAUGAACUGUGAGGGUAUUGAGUGUGAUAAUCCUCUUAAUAUUCCUGCUACAAUGAUUCCAUACUGCCAAGAGCUUCUUCAGAGUGUGCAAGUGGACUCAAUGAAUGUGAGUUUUCAGACAACCCCUAGUGAGAACUUCUACUUUGCCAUUGAUAGGCAGGGUCAGCUUGCUGAAAUGGGUUGGUUACUCUAUCCAUCUUUCCAGUUCUUUGUUUGGCAAGCUCAGUGGUUUGACUAUAAGACUGAGCUCCUAAAGAACCUGUCACAAGAAGUAGCUGUCAUAUCUGUGAUCAACAAUACAAUCAUGCAAGGACAUACUGGUGUCGUUCAGACUGUUAAUCUUCCAUCAUUACAAGAUAUAUCCAAGAUUGAGCUGGAUACCUCAUUGUCUUGUCCUGGCACUCGAGACGAGUCAUGUCCACCAUGGGACCAUACAGUACAACUUUUUCUGUGUUGUGAUGAGGCAUCCCCAUUAUGUGGCAUGGAGCUUGGUCGAUGGAUCACGUCAUUUAGAAGACGUAUAGGGCGAUGGCUGACGGAUAUUACUCCAUUAGCUCCACUUUUCACAUCUACUACAUGCACCUUCACAAUGAAAAGCGAUGCAUGGUGGGCUCAGCCAUGGAAACCUUCUCUCAAUCUUAGACUCCAUAAAUCAGAUCAAGUUUUUACUGACGGACGGCCACAUCAAGUUCUGACACUCUUCCAAGGAGGAACAUUCAACCAGUCCUACAAUGCUCAUUACAAACCAAUCAACUUUACAGUCCCUCAUACAACCAAAAAGGUCAUCUUGUAUUCAGUGAUUACUGGGCAUGGAAGUGAUAAUAAUGGAUGUGGAGAAUUCUGUGUAACAUCCCAUCACUUCAUUGUUAAUAGCCAUCCAAAUGUCAACACAUUUACUAAUGCUGGUACUCCAACGGGGUGUGCGGAGAGAUCUGUUACAGGCGUAGAACCCAAUGAGCAUGGGACCUGGCUGUAUGGACGGGAUGGUUGGUGUGAUGGUAGAGAGGUAGAUCCAUGGGUUCUUGAUAUUACAUCUCAAAUCAAUAUGGAAGGAUUCAAUACUAUCAAAUACUUUGGUUGGUUCAAUGGAACUGACCCCAAUCCCACUGCUAAUCCUGGCUCUAUCAUUAUGUACUCGUAUCUAGUAAUGUAUGAAUAGAAACUGGUUCAUGCCCUAUAUGUUCAGAUGUUUACCAUUUCAAGGGAAAUCAUCCCUUCAUAGAAAGUGUGCUUUAAUGCAAGCAGAAAAUUGACCCAUUGCCUACAGGAAUUAGGUGGCUCCUGACCCUUGUAUUAAGCCUUUGGGAAAUAAAGAAUUUAUUAGCCACUAGGUUAAGAUAUUAAUCAUCAUAGAUUAAAGCUAAUCACAUUAAAGCUAAUCCAAAGUUUUGGUAAUAUUUCAACAGGAUUGGAUUAUGAAAUUUAAAUUUUACAUUACCAUUGUGAUACAUAGUAUUAGAAUAAGCUAAAAAUGCUAAGGAUUACGAGAAACUCUACCAUUAUAAAUGUAAAAUUUAAUGUUUUACAGCCCUAGAACCUGUACUGGGGGGGGGGGCCUGGGUAAUUUGACAUGAAAUUUUUGACAACCACUUUUCAAAGGAGCAUUCUCUCCCUGGUUUGAAUUGCAAUGGUUUCCAUAUAAUGGACAUGAUAAAAUGCACUUCCACAUUCAAAUAGUUCAGUCAAAGAUAAUUGAAAUGGUAAGAGCUAAUCAUUACAGUAUCUUACAGAUACAUGAAUCAUCAUUUCACCUUUACAUGUAUAAGUUAUCAUUGAUGCUGUUCCUAUUCAGUAAUAGGGAAUUGAUUUUUUAUUAUAGUCAUUGCAGUAGAAAUAAUUGCAAAUUCAUGGAGGUAGAGUCAAAUUAGAUGGAAUAGCAUACUUUUGCAAUAAUUAUAUGUACCGUAAUGUAUACGAUUUGUUGUGUGUUGGUUUCUACUUCAUAAUAGAUUGUUUUGAAUAUACAUUCAUAUUGCAAUUACAAACUUACAUUUUUAAUUCAUUUAUAAUGUAAUCAAUAGAAAAUUGAAAAUGUAGGUGUUGGACUACCCUUGUUGUUUGUAUAAUAGAUAUGACAUAAUUUUUAAGUAUAAGGUUGAUAUUGUCAUAGUGGUAUGCAAUCGUGGUCUGAUGUUUUAUGAACCAUGCGGAAAAAUAAAUUGACAUUUUAUCACACACAUAUAUAUAUAUAUAGAAAGAGAUAACAUAAGGAAUAACCUGGCUCUUCCAAUUUGUUGUGUUGUAUUAUU